AGCACCGCCCCCCGACCCAACUCCUCUUCCUCUUCCUCUUCCUCUUCACCCUCCCACCAAACAAACCCUGCUCUUCUCUCUCUUUCCUCAAUGGCUUCUGCUUGUGUCAACAACAACGCCAUGUCGCCCGAUAACUUCCUCAAUUCCCCUCCCCGCCCCUCCUUCCCCUGGCUGAGUCCCGCUAAAUCUCAGCCAUCCCACUUUCUAGAUCCUCGUCAUUCCCCCUCAGAUUUCGAGUUCACUCUUCAAGAUCCAGUCGCCAUGCUUCCCGCCGACCAGCUCUUCUCCAAUGGCAAGCUCGUUCCCCUUCAUCUCACUUCCCUUCCACCUUCUUCCUCCGCCAAGUUCCCUUCGCCGGACACCGCCUCAGCCGCUCAUGUCCCCGGGACCGACCCCUCCUUCUUCUCCCCCAAGGCUCCCAGGUGUUCCAGUCGCUGGAAAGAGCUUCUGGGCCUCAAGAGGUUGUGUCACACCACUAAUGCAGCCGCCAAGAGCGACGCCCAGAGAACGACGUCGUCUUCUAUCACCAACAAAUCCCUCAGGCAUUUUCUCCCCAGGACCUCCAAAUCGUCGUCGUCGUCCUCCUCCUCUUACUUAGACACGUCCGUGAGUCUCCCGUUGCUGAAGGAGUCGGACUCCGAAUCCGUUUCGAUCUCCUCUCGUCACUCUCUCUCGUCUUCGUCUUCCGGCCAUGAACACGAAGAUCUGCCCAGGCUGUCGCUUGAUUUGGACAAGCUCAACCAGAACGCGAUUUCCCUCCAUCGCAACCAGAAUACGGCUCGCCCGAGAAUGAGAAUGGUGAAGCUGAGGCCAGGAUCGCUCGACGGCAAUAAUCAGAGAUCGCUAACUGACUAUCCAACGGGUAGCCGGGGCGGGAGGAGUCCAGUCCGGCGGGCUCCGGGGGAAUCCGGUGGGGUUGCAAGCAGGGGAGUGUCAGUGGACAGCCCCAGAAUGAACUCUUCGGGGAAGAUAGUGUUUCAGAGCUUGGAAAGGAGCUCGAGCAGCCCCAGCACGUUCAAUGGCGGACCAAGGCAUAAGCAGAGAGGAAUGGAGCGAUCGUACUCGGCCAAUGUGAGGGUGACUCCGGUUCUGAACGUUCCGGUCUGUUCGCUGAGGGGCUCUUCAAAGUCGGGUUCGGUUUUUGGGUUCGGCCAACUGUUCUCUUCUCCGCAAAAGAAAGAAGGCGCAGGUCACGGGGGAAGCAGCGCCAGAGGCCACCAAAAACAGAGCCACGGUAGGAAUCGCUGCGAUCGAAACUAAUAAGAAGCAAAUGUCUCUUCGUGUUAUUAAUCUUGACUGAACAUAUUGCAGAUCGGGAUUAAUUUGCUCUGCUUUAAUUAACAAAAAAGUUCAGAUAUUGACAUAUUGUAAAUAUUCCGGUGGAAUUUUUGUGUUCUUCACGCUCAGCUUCUGCUUCACUACUCUGUUAUUUUCC